AUGUUUAAAAGAAAAAAUAAAACCACUGCUCUAAAAAUUUACAGUUUCUCUUCAGUGUCAUCCGUUCAUUCAAACUCUCAGCAGUUAGUUCUAAGGGAAGCUAUUAAAGACAACAAUCAGAUAACCAAGUUUGAUGAGUUGUUAGGAACAAGUUAA